CCUCGAGGGAAUUGACUCAAUGCAAGCAUCUUUUUAUUAAAAGUUCGGGAAUUUAAGUAAAUUACAAUAAAAAACUCACUCCUUUUGCUGGAUACGAAGGUAAAAAUUGUGAAACAAUCGAUUGGUAAAUUACGUUUCGUUUUUGGUUCGUUUCUAUAGGUAAACGAAAAGUCUGAUUGAUUCAAAGGUUUUUGAAUUCAUUGUCUUUAUUUAUAUCUAUUUAUUAUAUCUAUUUAUUUUUCUUUUGGCGUCAUUUGGUUAUUUUAUAUGAAGCGAGACAGACCUUCCGAUCAUAAUAAUUUAUUCCCUGAAGAGGGUCAGAUCUCUUUAGUCUCUCCCUUCUCGUCCCUUGAUUCACAUUUUCCUGCUAAAAGACCACGGUUCAGUUCAAACUCGGUUCAACCAGAUGUGCCGCCUUCCUUCCAUCAAACGUUUCCUCCUGUCUCAGCUUCACCUGCUGGUUCUCGAAAACGAUCUCGUUCAGAUGAGACUCUCAUGGAUGAAGAUUUGACACAACAGUCGCUCGUUUCUCCAGACAACAGCUCUUCAACGAUUCCGACGAGUACCCCUCAGUUGCAGCAAGUCCCACAAACGGAUGGUUUGCCAAGGAAGAAGGUCUCAUUAGAAUCCAACCAUCCACAUUUCACAACUCAAGUAGUCGAUCUGUCUACGGGUCGUCCAUUAGAACAAGCACCUGAACAAGAAUUAGAUUUUGCCCCCGAUGCAUCAAAAUCUUUAGUUCGUCACCCAAAUCGUUUAAAGGUACUCUCUCUCAAAUCUCCCUCUCCUUCUUAUUUUCCUUCCUCCAUGCUACAGUUUCGACCAUCAAAUAGUUGGGCUUACGAUUCUCAUUUCAAGGAUAAUGAUGAACCUCGAUUAAUUCAGUACUACCCAACUGAAAUUACACCGUAUUCGACGGUUGAAGAACCCAAGCCUUCUGAUUCCAAAGACUUUGCGAAGCAUGAACCAUCCAGUUCUGUAGUGAUUGAAGAACUAGAUGAUGAUUAUGAUGAAUUUAACGAUAUUAACAUCCCUAGUAAGACAACCAGUAGUCCUACAACAUUUUCUUCUUCCCCCCACGACCAAGAUGCAAUGGACAUCGAAUGAGUACGAAUCCUGCAUCACCAAGCUUCCCUUAGUUUAAAUUUCGCUGUUUGUUUUCUCGUUUAUAAUUUAUUUAAUUCUGAAAAAUAUAUAAAAAUCCGUAUUAUUAAUUAUCCCAAAAUACCUACCUAACCAUUCCAAAAUUCUACUAGUUUUUGUUUCCGUAAGUAUAA